CGACCUUAUUACAACCUCACAGUUUGCCGCGAAAAAUUUGACCAGGAAAGUUGGACAGGGGUGAAACCAGAUUGUUGGUAUGAUGACCCAGGAGACGAGCUAUUUCAGUAAAUGCUGGUUGAGUACGAAAAGAGUUGGCUGGAAGCAAGGAUUGUCAAGUUUUAUAGGGGUAUAGAGGACGUACUCGUUGAACGUCUCUGGAUGAAUUUGGGAGAGAUUAGUUACAACUCGAGCGUAGAAAAUGUUCAGCCCACAACGAGCCACCACCAAGAGAUUGAAAAGGCCAUCAGAAGCUUCGUUCCGUCAAAUGUAACAGAAAAUCUCAAAGGCGUUAUCAUCGGCGGCGAAGCUUCAGCUCCUGGGCAAACUGCUUUACGAGACAGUAUCCUCCAUGCGCUACCGCAACUCGUAACAACUAAGAUUCUGGACUCCACCGACCCAUUCUACCUCGGCGCUGCCGGCGCUGGUCCGAUCAUUUCACCAUGGAUACAAUUUGGCCGUAUGAAUCAGUGAUUUCACCAAAUAAUCUAAAUUUGAAUGAAGUACAAUUUCUGCAGGUAACAAGAUGGAUUUAUGAUAUUGUAAGGAGGUCUCCCUUGUAGUACUCGGAAAGGAGGGGGUUGGGCACGUGAUCCUGUAUACUGAAG